AUGACAACUUAUUAUACAAAAUCAAGCCCAAAACUCAAUGACUACAAUCCUCUUACUCAUGAAACCUUUUAUUCUCCUCCGAACUCUCCUCCAAAAACAACCUAUAAUAAUGCAAUAUUCCGAGAUGCAAACAAAAUAUAUUCAAAUAUAGGUCCAGUCCCUCCAUCAAUGAAUUCUACUUCUUUUAGAAGCCAAAAGCAGUUUAAAGACCCUAUUACAGGGCGUGCAUAUUCUUAUGCUUUUAAUCGGCCAUCACAUAUAUUUGCAAGCACAGCUAAUCUGAGCGUCAAUCAAAAUCAAGGCCUAAAUAAAUCGGCAAGUCAAUAUUCAUUUAGCCAGAACCCAAGAGUUCUCAAUGAAGAGCCUAGAUAUUUUAAAAAUAGAGUCAGGGAUGAAUUAAAUGACCCACUAACAGGAGAAAAGAAAAAAUAUAAUGUAAACUUCUCAGUUGAUCCAUUAGACACUAUUGUCAGACGAGAUAAACUGUCUCCAUCUCCAAGCAACAGCUCUCUCAAAGAGUUUUAUGACAAGAAAAACAUGUUUCAAGCCCAAGAGUCAAUAGCUGCAUCUUUGCGAAAAGAUGUUCCAGAUCUCUCUUACGUUAACCCUCUGAUGCUAAAGGCAGCUACACAAUCUGAUCCUACUAUGAGUCCUCAAUACCAAAGAAACCUAGAACAAUUCUUUAGAUAA